AUGGUGGGAACAGAUCCUCAGAGAAAGGAAACCCCACCCCUGGACGUGGGCAGUGUCAGCCAGACCUUGAAAGACAAGAAGAUUGAGCCAUCGGGCCUCAAGUUCGGUUUCCUGGGGCUCGGCAUCAUCGGCUCAGGGAUUGUCAAGAACCUCCUCAACAGCGGACACAGUGUCAUGGUGUGGAACAGAUCCUCAGAGAAGUGCGGCGACUUCGUGAACGCGGGCGCCAAGGAGAUGAUGACGCCGUCGGACGUCAUUGCCGCCGCCGACAUCACCUUCUCGUGUGUGUCCGACCCGCAGGUGGCAAAAAAUAUGGUAUUCGGAAAUUGUGGAGUGUUGCAAGAAAUGUCCGCCGACAAAGGCUAUGUGGAGAUGACUGGCAUUGACGCAGAGACCUCACAGGACAUUGCAGAGGCCAUAAGUGGGCGAGGGGGGCGUUACCUGGAGGCACAGGUACAGGGCAGCAAAGUGCAGGCGGAGGAGGGCACCUUAGUCAUCUUGGCAGCGGGCGACAGAACGCUCUUUGACGACUGCCAGAGCUGCUUCCAGGCCAUGGGCAAAAAUUCCUUCUACCUCGGUGAGGUGGGCAAUGCCAGCAAGAUGAAUUUGGUGCUCCAGGUGAUGGCAGGCGUCACGCUAGCUGGACUAGCCGAGGGAAUGGCCCUGGCGGACAGGGCUGGGCUGCAGCAGAAGGAUGUGAUGGAGAUCAUGGAGCUCACCUCGCUUGCAUGUCCACUCAUGAUCGAGAAGGGAAAAGCCAUCAUCGAAGGGGGCUUCCCAACACACCUGCCGCUGCAGCACAUGCAGAAAGACCUUCGCCUAGGCAUGCUGAUGGGCGACACCCUGGAGCUGCCGCUGCCCCUCACUGCUGCCACCAACGAGGUCUUCAAGCAUGCUAAGCGGCUGGGCUAUGGGGAGCACGACGUCUCCAGUGUCUACAUACGCACGCGAUUCUAACCCAUAUUGGCCCCCGUGUGCUCACUCUUUUUUUUUUUUUCCUUUUAAAUGUAUUUUGUCUUCUUUUUUUUUUUUUAUGUCUUUUUUUCUGUUUUUGUUUGUAGAAGGCGUAUGUGUCUUGAGGAAAGGAAGGGAGGAAGGAAGCAGGCAGAAGUAGGCAGGCAUCAGUAAAAAUUUGUGUGCACUAAAAACCUCCCUUCUAGCUUUCUCUCUCUCUGUCUCUGUCUCUCGUUAAGGGAGAGGUUAUAUUGUAGUAUUUGUUGUAUUUAAGGUUGUUUUUUUAGCUUGUAUAAAGUAUAAGAGUGAGGUGGAAAAAAAAAGGAUAAAGAAAAGAAAAGAGAAAUUUUAUCAAAACACCUUCUCAUUUGAUGCAUUUACGUACUGAGAUUUAUACAAAAUCGCCUUUUAACUUCUUUUCAUUUUUCAUAUUUCGUAUGUAUGUUUUUAUUAUUAUUUUUUUUUUACUGAGCGCACUUUGUGUGUGUCUCUCGCUAAGGAAUGAAAAAUGUGGAACAGCAGUGCUCAGAAUUGGACAAGUAUUUGUGAGGUUUUCAGUGCAGACGUUCCUUAUUGUUUAUUGAUGCUGGGCUUUCGAGAAAGAAGUUUGUUGAAUUUUUUUUGGUUUUGUUUCUAUUAUUAUUAUUAUUAUUAUUAUUAUUAUUAUUAUUAUUAUUAUUUUUAUUUUUAUUAUUAUUGUUUUUAUUUUUAUUAUACUACUACUACUACUGCAAUGGUCAUUAUUAUAUAUUCUUUAUUAGUAAUAUUAUUAAUGUUGCCAUUGUUAUUUUCACCAGAAUACUGAGAGCCUCAAGGAGCCAUUUUAUAGUGACUCGAAGCUGUUGAAUGCUUAGUCGUUGGUAUCCAAGAUAACUAUAAAGAGUAAAAAAAAAAAAACGUUAUGAAAAGAUUUAGAUAAAAAAAAAUUACCAAAAAAAAAAAAAAAAAAAAAAAAAAAAAAAUAUAUAGAAAAACAGUUUUAAAAAAUCAAUAAAAUAAAAAUACCUUUAUAUAUAUUUAGAAAAAAAAAAAAAAAAAAAAACAGAUUUCAUAAAGCAAACACACGUGGUUAAAUGUCCUCUGUAGGACAGACAGAUCUCGAGUUCACGUCGACCGAAGGGCAGGGGGGAGGGAGGGGAGGGGGGUGGGGAGAUUAGUGUAAAAUGGAGAAGUUUAGGGAAUUUAGGUCCUGCUGGCUAGGGAAGGGGUCUAGGGGUGGGUGGGGUGGGGGUCUGGGCAUUCCUUUUGUUUCCUUUUUCUUUAAUUUCCAUGGGAUGAGAGUGAGUGUUCUUUUGCAAUGGAUUAGAUGUAAGUCGGAAGAUAAUGAGGAGGAGGAGGAGGUUAAAAAGUUGAAGAGAAAAUGCCGAAACAUUUGGCUCAGUUUAGGGUUGAAAGUGAAGAGUUGAUUAUAUUAUACAUUACAUAUAGAAAGAUAUUUUCACACUUCGUGCUUUGUUAUACAAGUUCUGCAUGUGCAAAUAAUAAUAAUAAUAAAAAAAAAAAAAUCAUCAGUUUAUUAGCAGUAAGACUGACGCGUUUCCAAAGCAGACUAAGACAACGGUAGGCCAUUUAAGUAAGCGAAGGAGAGGGGGGUGCGGGCGGGGUCGUAUCUCAUGCCUUGUUUAUAUCAUUGUGGUGCAAUUCAACGUUUUAUGUCUCUCUCUUUAUUUUUCCUUUUUAUAUCUCUCCUUUUCUCCCCUUCAUUCUCCCCCUUUUUAUAUUAUUAGCGUUAUGACGAUUUUUAUUAAGUUGAUCAGUGUUUCAAGGUGAAAGUCAUUCCCCACCCCAAGGAAAUCUAGAUUUUAUUCCUGAUAACAGUUAAGUCGCACUUCUCUGCGAAUGGGCAUUGGGCUCCAUGUUGCAGUUGUAUUUUCUUUGAUAAAUUUGAUUAUUACUGCAGUUAUUAUACAAUUUUAAGGUAUCAUCUUUUUUUUUUUUCUACAAAUAUUGAUGAGGACGAUGCUGGGAUUUAUAUUUUCAUUUCCUCAUAAUAAUCUUUUUCUGUGACAAGAACACGUAACUUUAUAGUAUAUCUGUUAACGUCUGCGUAGAAGUGGAAACUGUGCACAGAAGAAAUAUUCAUAUCAAGUGACAUGAAAGCCCCUAUGUUUAGUUAAGUGUAACAUUUUUUUUUUUUCUUAUUUAUGCAUGUGUAUGUAUGGUGUGUAUGUGUCUGCAUGUACACACAGCGCACAUACAUACAUACACAUGCAAACCCAUACAUAUGCAUAUACAUUUUUAUAUAUUCCAAGCACUAAUGUGGCCUUCUGAAGAUGUAUCUAUGUAGGCAAUGCAGGCUGUUCAUGAAGCAAAGACCUUGUUGGUGUCAAGAGAGUGGUCGAAGUAGAGGGAGUCGAGGCUGAUUUAGAAGGCCGUCACGAUUUUUGAGUGUUUUGCUCCUUUUUGGUCUCGUGUAUGAUGAUGAUGACAAGGAAUUCAUGUUUUAUGUUUUUUUUAAUUAUUAUUACUACUAUUGUGAUUAUUAUUAUUAUUAUUGUUAUUAUUAUUAUUAUUGUGUUUUUUUUUUCAUCAUCUUUUCCUGUACCUCAUGCCUUUGUUUGGAUUUGUGUUAUUUCUGUCUUUUUCUCUCCCUCUUUCCUUUCUCCCUUCUUAUUUCUCUGUCCCUCCCUCCCCUUUUCCCUCCUCCUCUCCCCUUUCUCUCUUUCCAUUUGUGACGAUUUUUUAAACAAGCAUAUUUUACAAUGAACUGAACAAUAAAAACUAUAUAUCUUUAUAUACUUGACAUUAUUUGUUACUUUUUCAUAAAACACGUCUGUUGUAGAAAAGGAAAAAGAAAGGCCUUCAGAAACCUACUGCAAAUUGACCCAGACACAGUACACUUGUUUACGACAAGCAGGUGCAUUUCAACCUGCCGUUACUUUGGUACACGGAAACUGAUGGAUAGAAGAAAAAGAUGUUAAGCCUCUGGACAAAUUAUAAAGUAUAUUGCCCCUAUGCUGGGAAGAGUAGUACAGUUUACCUCUCCAUAGUGUGAAGUGACGUUGUGCGCGAUCAGGGAGAAGGAGAUUGGAGUGGCAUUGGUACAAAUUUCAUAUUUUGUUUCCCCUUCUCGUCUUGAUAAAGAGGGGUGGGUGUUUUCUUGUCUGCUGAUUUCUCCAGUCUAGAAUAAAAGCAUACCAGUAGGAAAUGUCGAAAACUGGAAUUUUUUUUCUUUCUUUCUUUUUUUUAAGAUAAGGAGAUAGAAUUAUAUACAUGUAUAGAAAUGAAUAUAAAUCUGUAUUGCUCUUUUCUUUUAUAGCUGUUCAGAAUACUGGGUUGCUAACCAGUGUCUGCAGGCGAGUGUUCUUUUUAAGAUGUAAAUUGAAAGUUUAUAUAGGAAUGCAUUUGCUCAAAAGUGUUUUUUAUUAUUAUUAUUAAUAUUAUUAUUAUUAUCAUUAUUAACGUAUUAAAGACUUACCUUAAUUAGGAUUUAUGAUCCUUGGUAUAAUGGUUAUUAUUUUCAUAAUUUCUUUCUUUUGUUUUUGUCUUAUGUUAGGUUUUUAAGUAUUAAGUUCUAUUUGUCAAUGUUCCUUUUAUCAGUUAAGUGGCUUCAGUCUUUCCUUUUUCUGAAUCUGUGACGAUGUGCAGGUAUUUCACAAUCAUUUCCAGCUGCAAUGACUGUUUGUGCAAUACCUCAUCUAGUAACUUGUAAGAAUCAUUCAGAAUUGCAGAGUGGCAGGCUUUUUCUAAGAGAGAGUGCAUUCCUUCAUUGUCUGCUCUUUAGGUCUUCUCUUUUCUCCCCCUUUUUACUGUUUUCUCUAUUUUUCCUCAUGUUUUCCCUCUCUCCUCGUCUUCUGUGGCUCUCAUCAACCCUUCUGCUCUUUCCUUGUUCUCACCCCACUCUCUCUGUGCUUUCAGGGUCCUUGUCUGUUACCCAAAUCCUUUUCUUUCCUCAUCUUGCUUUAUUUCUAGAUGAAAUGACUUCAUAAUAUAUUCUUGAUAUAAAAAAAAGGGAGUAAGAAUAGGAAAAAUAAUUAUUCAGUGUUUAAGAGGAAGUAGCUGAUAUGCCCUGUCUCUCAGCAUGUUUUAUGUUUUAUGUUUCAAAAGCAGGCAGUUUAGUGCUUGCUGAAGCCCCAUAGUCUGAUGACACAGUGCACUUUCUAUCUACAGAAUGAGAUGGUAGAGAACUUUGUAAUUUUACUUAGAAGAAAUAUGAAUCCACUCCCUCUUUCCUUCCUCUACAACACCCUUACCCACCAACUCCCCCACCCCACUCCACUCCACUCCACUCUACAAAAUGACGUCCGCAGCGAGAUAUUUUUCCGUCGAGUCGCGUGUGUGCGUGUGAGGACCUGCUGAUGUACGCGACCCGUGUGCACAUGUUGAUAUCCUUUGAAAUGUUUAUAGUUAAUAGUUUGUAUUAUUAUCUUGUAGUAUGUAAGUUGAUAGGACCUUUUUCAUGUACAAAGACGAAAGGAGUUCUGAACGUGUGGCUUUUGGACAACUUCUUGCUGUCAGAUUUAGAGUUUAUGGGAAAAGUGUUCACUUAUUGGUUUUGAUUUUUCCAUUAUAUUUGACUCUGAUUUUAUAUCUCGUAUUCUUCUUUUCUUUGUCAUUUUGUCUCUGUCUCGUGAAGCCUACUCUUUUUUUUUUUUUUUUUUUUUCUUUUGUUUUGAGUCGUGUGAUGGUGUGUCGUCGUCCAGUGUGAGUGCAAGGGGCAUUGCGUUGGUGUUUUGAAUGGGGAGCGAAGCCGUGCCAGUAAAGACAGGAAUUUGAUGCUGGAAUGAGCAGAGAAACAGAUGGGAAUGUGCAGAGAAUGGAAACAGCAAAAAAAAAAA